GAAAAGUUCAUCCUCACACACCACAAACCAGGAAGAAGGGACAAGGACAGUGAACCCAAACAAUCAAAGGUGUGGGAGUGGAAAACCCCCAAAUUUUCCUACGCUUUCUCUCUCUAGAAAUCUGUUUCCCGGAAAAAAAUGGCUACGAAAGUUCCCAUUGGUGCUGGGUUAAGCUUGGCUUCACCGCCAUGUGCUUCCAACGUCCGUUCACUUGUCCUCAAAUCUGCCUUCUUUGGUCAUGGUGUGGGAGCUCUAAAAGUUAGAGGCAUACGAAUAGCUCGUUCCAGUACAUACAGAUGUAAUGGUCAUGGAGGGGGUGCUCUUGGUACCCAGAUGAACCUUUUCGAUCGAUUUGCUAGAGUUGUCAAGUCAUAUGCAAAUGCGGUUUUAAGCUCCUUUGAAGACCCUGAGAAGAUUCUAGAACAAACUGUGCUUGAAAUGAAUGAUGACUUAACGAAGAUGCGUCAAGCUACAGCACAAGUUCUGGCAUCACAAAAGCAGUUGGAAAACAGAUAUAAAGCUGCACAACAGGCUUCUGAAGAUUGGUACAAAAGGGCACAACUUGCUCUUGGAAAGGGAGAUGAGGAUCUUGCCCGUGAAGCUCUUAAGCGGCGUAAAUCUUAUGCUGAUAAUGCAAGUGCUUUGAAGGCUCAGCUUGAUCAGCAGAAGACUGUCGUUGAAAAUCUUGUCUCUAAUACACGGCUUUUGGAAAGCAAGAUACAGGAGGCAAAAUCAAAGAAAGACACUCUCAAAGCACGUGCUCAGUCUGCAAAGACUGCAAGCAAAGUGAGUGAGAUGCUGGGGAAUGUAAAUACAAGCAGUGCUCUUUCAGCUUUUGAAAAGAUGGAGGAAAAAGUGUUAGCCAUGGAGUCUCAAGCUGAGGCACUCAAUCAGUUAACCACUGAUGAUCUGGAAGGAAAGUUUGCAUUGCUGGAGAGUUCUUCAGUUGAUGAUGAUCUUGCAAGCUUGAAGAAGGAACUAUCUGGGAGCUCAAAGGUAUUGUCACACCCAUUUAUGUUUAGCUGGAGCUGUAGUACACUGUUCAUCUUGAUAUCGAUAAGAAUGGCUUGUUCUCUUGUUUUGCUGUAUAGUCUCGACUGUUGGAGCUCCUUUUGGUUACUCCUUUUUCUAUGGCAACCAUAAUUUUGUAGUAGAUUUGGUUCCAUCUCAAUGCAAACACUUUCUUGCAUUCAUUUUCCCGAUGCUCUGUUUGAUUGCGAAGAAAAAGGAAAAAGGGAGCACUAGCAACCUAAGAAUUUAGUUGGAAUUGGCCUGGUGACCAAGAGAUCAUUUGCUGUCCAUGGUGAAUGCUUCCAAACCAUAGCCAGCACAUAUCAAUUAUCAUAUCAGUUUUCUUUUGUGUCAAACAGAAAGGAGAGCUGCCACCUGGGAGAACCGCGGUUGCCUCAAACACAGCAUUCCCUUUCCGAGACUCUGAGAUUGAAAAGGAGCUGAAUGAACUGAGGAGAAAAGCAAGUGAGUUCUAGAACCCAUGUUCACACCCCAAAGAUCCACUCUCUACUCCAAGAAAGUUGUAUUUCUUUCACCAGAAAAUUCUGCAAGUACUUUACAUAGCCAUUAACAGUGUACAUUUACCAGUAUCUCCUGAACAAUGUGAGGUAAUCUUCAGCAUUUUAUUGUUGUACAUGAUCCCCUUACAGACUUUCUUUUACUAUGGAUGAUUUCUUUCAUAAUUCUAUAUCAUCUAAUACCAUAUUUAAGUUUUUGGUAUUUCAUGUCA